GUAACGUCGUGAAUUCCUGCGUCGUCCUUCACGACGAACGUGCCAAUUGCGAGUCGAGCGAAAAAAAAGCAACGGAUGAUGAAGCCCACAAGGAAGGAAUGAAAAUCUACCUACAGUAUUUCCAAAGAAGCAUGGCGAAAUAUAGGGACACAAAUAUUUAUGAGAUAUACACCUUAGAACAGGUCGAAGAAAAAAUGAAAGAAGCUGUCACGGACGUUGUCAGCCUCACCAACCUUCCCUAUGAUUAUGCAUACUUUUUUUUAAACUCGUACAAUUUUAACUCGAAUUAUUUCAUCGAAGCAUGGUUUAGGAACCCAAAGGAAGUGCUCGCCAAAGCACACAUGUCUCACCUUAAGGAGGAAGACCUCUGUGCAGAUUAUGCCAGUAGUGAGACCGCUCCUCCACCAGUACCACCCACCAUUGACAUGACUAAAUCAAUUCAAGAGCCCCCCUCCGAACAAAUCACUCACACGGAGAAAGGUACCAAAUUUACAUGCCCAAUCCUACUUAACCAGUAUGACCUACAAGACACACACGCGCUUAAAUGCGGACAUCGAUAUUCGAAGGAGUGCUGGAAAGGUUAUCUCCAAACAGCCAUCGACAACGACUUUGACGAAGCUGUAAUUAAUAAAAAGUGCAUAGAGCCAAAGUGCCAACAACUCAUCAUGAGAGAAGACUGGAAAAAAAUCUCCGACAAAAAUAAUGACCUGUUUGUAGAAUACGAAAAGCUUUUGGUAAAGAUAUUCAUAAAGAAUAACCCUAGUUUAAAAAAAUGCCCAUAUGAUAGAUGCCCCUACGUUAUAGAAUCUGUGAUGCUCCCCGAUAAUGGAAUCAUUUGCAGAUGUGGACACAACUUUUGCUUUAACUGCACGGAGGAAUUUCACCGACCCGUCAGCUGCGCAGUCAUUAAACAGUGGAACGAUCUCCUUACAAAAGGUGAACAUAACGUUACGUGGAUUCGAUCCCACACGAAGCAGUGUCCCAACUGUGCCAAGUCGAUUGAAAAAACGUCCGGCUGCAUGAACGUGAAGUGCAUCUGUGGGUUCAGCUUCUGCUGGCUGUGCUUGCAGCCCUGGGCGCACCACAAGGGGGGCUUCUACCAGUGCAAUCAGUACGUCUCGCAGAGGGGAGCGGUGAAAGGGGGGCAAGGGGGAGCACAAGAUGGGGCAAAACAUGAGGCACAAGAUGGGGUACACCAUGAGGCACAACAUGAGGCACAACAUGACGCAAAAGGUGGCUCGAAAAGUGAUACCCUAAGCGACGUACCGAGCAACACCCCUAACGAGGCGCCCCCCCUCACGCCGCAAACACGCAAAAGCGCUCACGAGGCGCUUCACAAAUUCAACCACUUCAAAACCAGAUUCGAUGCCCACCAACAUGGAGAAGAAUUUUCCAUCAAAACGCAGCUGCUUUUCCUUUCCCAUUUUUGCGCAUCGAACAAAAUCGAGCCAACGCAUCGUAUAUAUCAUUUUCAAAAAUCCAUCAUACAAACCAUUAGGUGUAGAAAAAUCCUCAAGUGGUCCUACGCCUUCGCCUACUUUGCCACUUGGGAUGAUGAAAAUAAAAAAUAUUUGUUCGAGUACCACCAAGGACAGCUAGAAAAAAACUUAGACAUUUUACAAAAAAAAACGGAGAGUGUAAAUUUGGCUCAUUUCCUGACCACCAAUUUGGAUGUAAAAGUUGUUCGAGAGGUGGAAGAGUUAACCAAGACAGUCGACGUGUUUUUUAAAAAUAUAUGCGACUUUAUGGAGAGCGCGUUUAGCUCCUGUGCUGAGAAGCUCUCAGGUUGA